AUAGUCUUGGUGCAGAUAUAUAUGCCUCCCAAAGGGAAAGGUGGUAGGGCAAAAGGUGGUGGAAAAGGAGGAGCUUCUGGUGGUGACGACUCUGAUAAAAACGGACAAGGUCCAAAUGCAGGAGGAAAUACAGUGAAGGUGAGGCAUAUAAUGUGUGAAAAGCACGGUAAAAUCAUGGAAGAUGUGGAAAAACUCAAGUCUGGUGUUCGGAUCUUUGAAGUGGCUUGACAGUAUGGCAAGGACAAAGCCAAGUAAGAUGGUGACCUUGGCUGCAUGACCAGAGGUUCCAUGGUGGGACCUUUCCAAGAAGCUACAUUUGCUCUCAUUGUUAGCAGCAUGGACAAGCCUGUAUACACUGACCCUCCAGUCAAGAUCAAGUUUGGCUGCCAUAUCAUAAUGUUAGAAGGAUAA